UCUCCGUGGCUGACAUUUCCUGAUUUGCCCUCUGUGUAGCUCAUAAUAACAGAGAGGACAUUGAACGCAGCACCGGCGUCUUCUUUUUCGAUUAAAUCAUUUCCGGUCAUAACAAAACAUUUGAACUCUUAUCAUUAUUCAUUAACUUUUAUAAUAACUCGUCCAAACCAGUUCGAUUAUUCAACCAUUUUUUUUAGCGGUUACAAAACUCGCUUUACGUAACGCAAAGCGUGCAGGGCUCCGUCACGUGACGUGCGUUGGACAGAAUGAGACGCGUUCACAGUCCGACUUUAUUCAGCUGGAUCGGUUUAUUCUGCAGGAAUCGUCCGUGUCCAGUGCGCGUGGCCGCGGAUCAACGAGGAGCUUGUGCAGCGAGAUUCUGCAGCAAAACAUCCACGGACACGAGCAUCAUGGACCUGAGCGACAUGAGAAAGAAAUACAAGGGAGACGAGGAGUGCUUUGAGGAGAACCAGCUCGUGUCUCUGGACCCGAUCAAGCAGUUUGGAAACUGGUUCGAUGAAGCCACCAGCUGCCCUGAGAUCGGAGAGGCCAACGCCAUGUGCAUCGCCACCGCCACCAAGGACGGACGCCCGUCGGCCCGCAUGGUCCUCCUGAAGGGCUACAACAACGACGGGUUCCGCUUCUUCACCAACUACGAGAGCAGGAAGGGAUCCGAGCUGGAGAGUAAUCCCCAUGCCUGCCUGGUUUUCUACUGGGAACCUCUGAACAGACAGAUCCGCAUCGAGGGCACGGUGGAGCGGAUCCCGUCCCAGAGCUCCAGCGACUACUUCCACUCCCGGCCGAAGAGCAGCCAGAUCGGGGCGGUGGUGAGCCGACAGAGCACGGCUGUUCCCGACAGAGACUUUCUGAGGCAGAAAAAUGCAGAACUGGAGGAGAAGUACAAGGACACGGAGGUGCCGAUGCCUGAUUACUGGGGGGGCUACGUCGUGAAACCUCACUCCAUGGAGUUCUGGCAGGGUCAGACCAACCGACUGCACGACCGCAUCGUCUUCACCAAGCCCACGGGCGGGGAGCCGGAGCUGGGAGAGUUCCAUCGGGCUGCGGCGGGGGACUGGGUGUAUCAGCGUCUGUCUCCAUGAGAAGCUGCUCCACAGACGGACACUCCAUCUUUAACGUCUUUACCUCUGAUCAGAGAAACAGGAGCUUCUGCUGGAAACUACUUCAACAGGUGCUGCUGUGUUUAGGAUUCAUCAUCGAGCUGAACGUCGCUGUGUCUUCAUAACAUUUUACAACUUUGACGGGAAAGGAAAAUGACAGAAAGUGACACAUCAAAGUCCACUUGUGUUAAAUAAUGAUCCACUGUGAUGUCGUUAUUCAUCGAGUCACCGUCGACCUUUAGGACCAGGAAACUGUCUUUAUCUCUCUAGAGUCUUCAGCUCUGACUCUCACGUCUCCAUCAAACUAAAGGCUGUUGUGUUGCAGUAGAUUAUAGUGGUGUCCCUAAUAAAGUGGCCACUGUGUGUCCUCAUUCAUGUCCUGGCAUGUUCAGCUGAGCACAGGCUUCACUCUAACGACCUGAUAUUAAGAAUUAACUGGAGAUUUAAUGAAGAACUGAACACUCUCUACGUUUGACUGUAAUUUGAACCAAGUUUUGUUUCAAUUUUUAAGAAUUUUAAUAUAAUUUCUUGGAAAUUGAAGGAAAACGUGUGUUAAAUUAAAGUGUUU